UUAUCUGCUAGACAGUGCAUUUCACUCUCUUGAAUGUCUUCUGAUACACUUUCAUCAUGAACCUAAAGCUCCUCUUCUUUUGCCUCUGCCUGGCGAUACUCCUCAUACCUGCUGAACUGAAACCUAAAAAGCACAAGAAACAUCGUCAUCGUGAGAAUGGGGGACAUGGAAGGUUUAAACUUGGAAAAUUUAGAAUGAAAUACAAGGACAUAAUUGAAGACGUCUUCUUUCAGCUCGUUGAUGGUACUAGUGAUGAUGAUGAUGACGAAGAUGACCCUUCAGAAUGGCUUUUGGAUCUUCAAAGGCCACACGGCAAAUGCGACCCAAACCCUUGCCUCAACAAUGGAGUGUGUAAGGUGAAAGGCAGGGGAAAUUUCAAAUGUGAUUGUCCCCACCCUUUCAAGGGAAGGAGAUGUGAGAAAGGUCCAAAAUAUUGUAAGAAAGGAAUAUGUGGGCGUGGUGAAUGUGUGUUGACUUCAACUGCCCCGUUCUUUGAGUGUAAAUGCAAGGAGCCCUUCCAGCCUCCAUACUGCACAAGUGUGUCAGUGUGUGAGCCUAACCCAUGUAAGAACGGUGGAAAGUGCAUUAAGAAUGGUAAUGACUUUGACUGCGUGUGCCCAUCAGAGUACAGAGGACAUUUCUGCCAAGUUGGCCCAGAUGACUGCUUUGUGGAUAAUAGGGGGUUAUAUCAUGGCAAUGUCAGUGAGACAGAGGAUGGCGAUGAAUGUCUACACUGGAACUCUCACUUCAUCCUGGAGCAAGGAGUUAAUCCCUUUACCGCCUUUGAGGACGAAGAUGGACUUGGACCUCACAACUUCUGCAGAAACCCAGACGGAGACUCGAUGCCCUGGUGUUUCAUCAGAAGAGGCCCCAAGUUGUUUUGGAACUACUGUGAUGUGACUCAGUGUUCUGACUCAACAGAUGAUGAGGAAUCAAAUGAAAUUUUCCCUCCCCAGCCUGAUCCCACUGAUCCAAAGCCCCAACCUGCAACACCUGAACCUACAGCAGUUCCCAUACCAACCACUGAUAAACCAUCAGUGGCUACUAUACCCCCAACACCUGAGAAGCCCACCCAGGCUCCACAACCUGCUCCUAAACCCACUAAUGUCCCCAGUACAAUCCCUCCAUCACAGCCGUUCUCCACUUGUGGGAGGCCUCAGCCAAAGAAAUCCCUUACCAGAAUCUUUGGGGGUCUGAAGGUCCCUCCCGGGGGUGUACCUUGGCAGGCGUCAGUGCAAGUACGAUCAAAGAACUCCAACCAGCCAUUCAGACACAUAUGUGGAGGAGUUCUCAUCUCAAGCUGCUGGAUACUGACAGCUGGACACUGCAUUGAAGGAAUAAGGGACAUGCAGGUGGUCCUGGGAGCUCAAGCACUGGAUUAUGAUGAACCCACACAGCAAAUCCUCAGAGUUGAAGACAUUAUUGUACAUGAAAACUUCAGGGAGACUCCUUCAGCUGUUUACAAUGACAUAGCUUUGCUAAGGCUGAGUGGUAACAAUGGAGUCUGUGCCACUGAGACCCAGUUUGUAAAGACAGCCUGUCUGCCCAAUGGCGAACUGCCAGAUGGGACGGAGUGUCAAAUAUCUGGAUGGGGUAUGACUGAGACUGCUCAAUUUGGUUCCAGUAACCUGCUGAGGGCCGAUGUACUGCUGAUCAAUCAGGAAAAGUGCUCUGAACCAAUAGUUUAUGGGAGUGUCCUGGAUAAUAGCAUGCUCUGCGCUGGUUACCUGCAGGGAGGAGUGGACUCUUGCCAGGGUGACUCUGGAGGGCCACUGACUUGUGUGCAGAACGGUAGCAAAGUUAUUUAUGGUGUGGUCAGUUGGGGAGAUGAAUGUGGAAAGAAGAACAAACCUGGGGUCUACACACGGAUCCCUCAAUUCGUGGACUGGAUCAAGUCAAAGACUCGAGCAGUAUUUCCAUAAUCAGCCACUAUUACUCUGCAUCAUGUCAGCCAGUGUAGCCAAUGACUUUGUGUAUGGAGGAAGUCUUUAGCUUUUGGUUUUUGUGCAGUUGUAUGUGGAAUUCUGCUUUUCAGAUCUAAACAUAAUUUUAAAUUCCAUGCUACUUAAUACAAUCCAAAAAACAGACGAAGCAUUUCAUCAAUUUUUUCCUUGGUUUGACUACAAAAGCCAAAUGCAAUCCAAAACCUUAUAUUAAAGACAAUACAUUUAAAAUGUGACUGCCCUGAGCCCUAAGGAAAAAAUUCUUGCUUUCUUAUUCAAGUAUUUCUCAGCAGGACAAUAAGCAGAUACAUCAUCAUUCUUUUGGGAAAAGGGGUAAAAUGUGCCACAGCCUGAACAACUACCUGUUAUCCUGGUUUCCAUGAAUGUGCCUUUUAAUAAACCACUACACAAAAUGAAUGUUCAAGAUCAAA